UUUUAAUCACAGCUGAUUACAAGCUCCUUCUUGAUUUGCAGUGGAGGAACAUUAGCAGACCUACAUGUGGAUGAAAUAAGUAAUUUUUAAAGACAGAAUUUCUUGUGAAUUUUAAUUCAAAUAGUCAGGAGCUGUUAAGCCUUCAUUUGUUCAGAGUAUCGAUUUUCUUAGUGUGUCUUGUGAAUUAGCACACGAGUUUGUAGACAUUUUGGAGUUGCCUCAUGAUGAGUACAGUUAUCAAUGUGACCAGUGAAGACAGCAUCAAUAUGGAGCCUGUUGACAUGGACUUGACAUGUAAUGUUCCUCGGGGCAGUAGCUCAACCCAGCAGACUGAACAAGCAGGUGGUGCAGAGCAGCAGACCAUGAGAGUUUACCUCAGAGUCAGGCCCUUCUCUAAAGAAGAGCUCUCCGACAAUGAGGAUCAGGACUGUGUAGUGAUUGAAAACAGCCAGAUGGUGACACUGAAUGCACCAAAGGGUUCUGCCACCAUGAAGACCAGUGAGAAGGGUGUCGGCAUGUCACUCCACAAAUUCUCCUUCUCACAGAUUUUCGGACCAGAAAAGACACAGUCUGAGCUGUUUGAGGACACUGUCAAAAGCCAAAUGUCUGAUUUCCUGGAUGGGAAGAAUGCGCUGAUAUUCAGCUACGGUGUAACCAAUGCUGGGAAAACUUACACAAUCCAAGGAACUCCAAAAGAGCCAGGAAUACUUCCUCAAGUGCUGGACGCCACCUUCCACUACAUCGGAGGCCGUCAGUAUGAGGGGAUGGACCUGAAACCCUACCUCAGGAACGAUGCACAGUGUCUUGAUCCUGACCAAGUCAAGCAGGAGAGAAGCAUUAAAGCUGCCAUUAUUGCUUCAGUCAAAGAGGAGUUUGAUCCCCUCAGAGCCAGUGGAGGUUCAGAGUCCCUGUCCUGUUCCACUGGCGGCCUCUCAUUCUCCUCUUUGUCCUACGAUCAAACCGUGUUGGCAAGCAACCCAACAGAAGCAGGCAGCAGCCAGUUUGCAUUAUGGGUGGCAUUCUUUGAAAUCUACAAUGAGUGUGUGUAUGAUCUGCUUCAACCUUCGCUGUGCUCCAAGUCCAAGAAACGUGCUGCUCUGCGAGUGUGUGACGACGGUGCUGGAAAUGCUUAUGUCAAAGAUCUCAGGUGGAUUAACAUCCAGACCCUGGGUGAGGCCUCUAAGCUACUGCAGUUCGGAAACAAAAACAGAAGUGCUGCAGCCACAAAGAUGAACCAGUCAUCGAGCAGAAGCCACAGUAUAUUCACUAUGAAGUUACUGAAGAUCGAUGGCAGUACAGUUAAAAGGAUCUCAGAGUUUUCUCUGUGUGACCUGGCUGGCUCAGAACGAUGCAACAAAACCAAGACGUUUGGAGAGAGGCUGAAGGAGGCAGGGAACAUAAACAACUCCCUGCUCAUUCUGGGGAAGUGCAUCACUGCCCUUCGCAACAAUCAGACUGACCGAAUGAAGAGCAGCUACAUUCCUUUCAGAGAGAGUAAGCUCACCAAGCUCUUUCAGGCUUUUUUCUGUGGCAAAGGACGAGCGUCGAUGAUUGUGAACAUUAACCAGUGUGCUUCCACCUACGAUGAGACUCUCCACGUUAUGAAAUUCUCUGCUGUUGCCAGACAGGUUGUGCAGGUGAUCCCAGAUAAGCCUCUGGAAUCUCUGGCUCCUUGUUUGGUCGGCCAUGAUGGCAAACCUUUGUUGAGGAAUGGGGUGAUCGACAGCCAGGCCCUGGAGAGCUACCUGUCUGAGGAGGAGCUGCUUGAUGAGGAAGAUGAGGGAGACAUGACUUUGCUGCCACAGAAUGAGCUUGUGAGUAUGAUUGAAAACCUACGAACAAAACUCCUGGCUGAGCGACGAAGAAACCUGGUUCAGGAAAUGGAGAUCCGGAAGGAAAUGGGAGAUGCCAUGUUACAGCAGCUCAUGGAGAGUGAAGAACUCCGCAGUCGACAGAUAGAAGAGCUGAAGGAGAGCUACCAAGAGAAGCUGGAGAACACUUUUGAGAUGUACAAGGAUGCUAUCAAAGAGCAUGCCUACCAGAGUGCUAUGAACAAUCUGGAAGAUGACUACGUACCUCUGGACGAGUUCAUUGCCGAACAGGAGAAAGUGGAGGUCCUGAAACGUAAAGUGUCAGAGUUGGAGACCUUAAAGUCAAGUAUCAGAGGAGUGUGUGCAGCUCCAACAGUGGACCAGUCGUGCCAGACUCAGCCAUCUAAAGGGACCGAAGCAGCAGGGGAUGAUCGAUUCAAAUGGCUUUACAAAGAAAAAUGUGCCAUCGAGAGGAUGUGUGAGGAUAAACAACAGCUGAUUUUGUCCUUGGAGAAAAGGCUGAUGGAGCUUAAUAAAACACUUCAGCAGUUCAGAGAUGACUUCCUGGAAAAGUCGGCUGAGUUGGAGACUCUGCAGAAGAAGACUGAUGAUCAGACAAAAUCUAUGGAGGCCAUCCUGCGGCAGAAUGUUGAGAAGGACAGGGAGAUUGCCGACAAAGACAGGGAGAUUUCCUUGCUAAAGACAGAACUUGCCAAGCUCUCCCAGAAGUCUCCUGUGCAGCCCAAAACCAAGCGAGGCUUGCUUGCCAACAUCAGGGAGGCGGUGACCUCUCCACGGAAGGGAGCGACCAGCCGAACGCUCAGGAAAACACUUAGGAAUGUACACCACUAAAAAGCCAAGCCAAGAGAUUUUUAAAACGUAUGGACAGUUUUAGGGUACAUUAUUUUAUUCAGGUCGAUAUGUUUCUUUAUAUAUUUAUGUUUGUUUUAAUAAAAUUAAAUUGCUCAAACUUA